AUGGGGAAGAGACGAAAUGCUGAGACAGGAGAGCUGCAGCCCAAGAAAAAAUCCAAAUCUGACAAACGUUCCAACAAAGAAAAGACGGUCGUUGUGGAGCCAUCAGUCGACGAGGAGGCUACUUACUCCCAGGCCUCUGCACUCAGCGAUCUUCCUCAAUCUCAUAUUGAUAAAUUUCUCGAGGACAAUAUUAUCAAGAGUACCGAUCCUUCUACCGAUGCACCAAAAUUCCGCCCGCUUAUUUCAUUUGACUAUUUGCCCGGCUGCGAUGGUGAGCUAUACGCACCGCUGAAGUCUUUCCCAGCCCCGUCACCCAUCCAGGCAGCUACCUGGCCGCUUUUAUUUGCUGGCCGUGAUGUAAUCGGCAUCGCAGAGACAGGUAGUGGCAAAACUUUGGCUUUCGGCUUGCCCUGUCUUCGCAAUUUGACGAUGUCUAAGCGAAGCAUCAAGCCCUACCACCCAACUGCAGUCAUUAUUUCCCCUACACGAGAGCUUGCCAUGCAAAUCUAUGAUCAGUUGGCAAAGUUUUCUGACGUCGCAAAAUCAAACAUCACUUGUAUCUUUGGUGGUGUGGGAAAGGAUGAGCAGCGAGAAGCUCUCAAGACAGCCUCCAUUGUGGUAGCCACACCUGGUCGAUUGAAGGAUCUCCAGAAUGAGGGUUCCAUCAUCCUUAGUAAGGUGAAGUAUCUCGUUCUAGACGAAGCGGAUCGUAUGCUGGACAAAGGAUUUGAACAAGACAUCAAGGAUAUUGUGAAACCGAUGCCGGUGUCUCGCCGACAAACUGUCAUGUUUACAGCAACUUGGCCCCGGUCAGUCCGUGAGCUGGCAGCCGGUUUUAUGAGCUCUCCAGUCACUGUCACCAUCGGCGGUGAUCCUUCUGCCGAUCCUCGCGCUAAUUUGAGAAUUAAACAGGAGGUUGAGGUCGUGGAUGGGCGUGAUAAAGAAGGUCGCCUCAUUCAGCUUCUUAAUCGCGCCCAGAAAGGGCCUAAGGCGUCUGAUAAAGUUCUCGUGUUUUGCUUAUACAAGAAAGAAGCGAUGCGAAUUGAACGACUGAUCAAGAACCAGGGUUUUAAGGUUGCUGGAAUCCACGGUGAUCUGAACCAGUCCGAUCGAUUCAGAAAUCUCGAGGCCUUCAAGACCGGUGCUGCCACCAUUCUGGUUGCAACCGAUGUGGCCGCCCGCGGCCUGGAUAUUCCAGCAGUGAGAUUGGUGAUCAAUGUCACCUUCCCCCUUACUGUGGAAGAUUACGUGCAUCGUAUUGGCCGAACUGGACGGGCUGGAGCCGAUGGCUAUGCCAUUACUUUGUUUACUGAGCAGGAUAAGGGACUUUCUGGAGGAUUGAUCAACGUCCUCAAGGCUGCAAAGCAAGAAGUUCCGGAGGCCCUGUUGAAGUUUGGCACCACUGUUAAGAAGAAGCAGCACGAUGCUUAUGGCGCUUUCUACAAGGAUGUUGGCGACAAGAAGGCAACUAAAAUUGUAUUUGAUUGA